AUGGUGGCUAGAUCGGAGAUGCAAGUGGGUGCCGUGUCGGUCCGUUUUGGCUUGAUAUUAGAAGCGUAUUGUAGGGGAAGCCAACAGCACAUGCGAUCGCUGUUCAAACAGAUGGAAUGUUUGGGCAAAUUAAAGUCGGCUUCCGAACAGAUAAAACAACGGAAAGAUCGGAAAGCCGCGUUGCAAGGCUUUCAAGAAUUUAUUCAAGAACCUCAUUGUCAGGAUGCAAUCGAGAAGUGCAGAGUAAUGGACAGUAAAAUGCGACCGCUUUGGUUAGUUUUCGAAAACGCUGAUCCGUUCGGCGAUGAUAUUUAUUUGAUAUUGAAACAUGGGGAUGAUUUGAGACAGGACAUGCUCACGCUGCAGAUGUUGCGAAUCAUGGAUAAACUGUGGAAGAGAGAAGGCCUGGACUUGCGUAUGAACCCUUACGGUUGCAUAUCAACGGAGAACAGAGUCGGCAUGAUCGAAGUGGUCCUAAACGCCGAAACGAUCGCAAACAUUCAAAAGGAGAAGGGUACGUUCUCGGCGACCGCUGCUUUCAGGCGAGGCUCUUUGCUCGCUUGGUUGAAAGAUCACAAUCACACGGAUGCAGCGCUGAACAGAGCCAUCGAGGAAUUUACUUUAAGCUGUGCGGGCUAUUGCGUGGCUACCUAUGUCCUUGGAAUUGCCGACAGACAUUCGGAUAAUAUAAUGGUGAAGAAAACCGGUCAAUUGUUUCACGUUGACUUUGGUCACAUACUCGGACAUUUUAAAGAGAAAUUUGGAUUCAGACGUGAACGCGUGCCCUUUGUGUUGACCAAUGAUUUUGUCCACGUGAUAAACAAGGGUCAAACGAAGAAGGGUCAAGCAGUUGAAUUUCAACGAUUCCAGAGCCAUUGCGAGCAAGCUUUCCUCGUUCUGCGUCAACACGGAGGUCUGAUAUUAUCGUUGUUUGCCAUGAUGAUAUCAACGGGAUUACCUGAGUUAUCGUCGGAGAAAGAUCUCAACUAUUUGAGAGAUACUUUGGUACUCGAGAUGUCUGAAAGCGAGGCACAAAAGCAUUUUAGGAGUAAAUUCGACGAAGCUCUCUGUAACUCGUGGAAAACUUCGUUGAACUGGGCUUCUCACAACAUGUCGAAAAACAAUAAAACAACGUGA